AUGAACAAGAAAGCUCAGCUCGUCAUUUUUCCUAUACUAGGCAUUGGAGAACUCGUCUCCACCGUGGAGCUGGCCAAGCUCCUCGUUCACUACCACCACCACCUCUCCAUCACCGUCCUCGUCAUGAAACUACCCUUUGACUCCGAAGUCUCUGCAGCCAACCGUAUCAACUUUGUUCAUCUUCACAACGAUCACCUCCCACAUCCAGGAUCCAACCCCAGAAAUUCUUCACUUUAUUUAUUGAAUCUCAUCAACCCCAUGUCAAAGAAGCUGUCUCUAAGCUUUUUCACUCCAAGUCAGCGUCCGAUGACUCACCUAGACUCGCUGGGUGCCACUGAUGCGGACUAUAGUCCUAGUUUUGGUCAUAAAGGUGUUAGUGUUGCUGGCUAUAAUCCUCACUUGCAGUCUAAUCAGUUUUCAGGAGAGGAAGAGAUUAUGGUAGAGGUUAAUUAUAGAAACAAGCCUAUUUAUCAUGUGCUACAGUCAGAGAACCAGUUUGGUACAUCAAGUCAAGAGUCACUGAUCAUGUCACAACGAUUUGAGUCAGUUGUUGUAAAUGCAAGCUACACUGGCCAGGAUCAAACUCAAGGUGGAAUUAUUUAUGAACCUCUUGUGAGGAGAGAAGUCUACCGGAGGAGGAAGGUUGAUGAACCUUACUGA